AUGCCUGAAGAGUUCCAAAUAAAUGAGGGUUUUUCUCAGGCCUACAUGUCCUAUAGGCGCCGUGAAGAGAUUGACAAGUUGAAAGCGCGCUAUGGCGAUGUCAAACUUUUCUCCAAAGAUUCACAUUCGUCCCAUCCUUCUGACGAGUGCAAACAUGUCGACUCUACAGGUCCUCAAAGCUGUUCCCUGUCUACUGCUUCUUCUUCUUCUUCUUCGUCCUCCAGCUCCUCAGAUGAUGAUAUGGCUGAGCGGGAACACGAGGACUUUUUAAUACUUCUUGAUGCCCUCUGUCGCAAUGAUCCAGCUCUAAAUGAUCCAAACCGACGCUGGUUUCGCGACUCGGCACCCACCCUGUCCCCUAAUGCUGACUUUGCGGAGCCUUCGGACAAGUCUCAGAAGAAAGCGACUAAAGCCGACGAGAGGAAGCUUAAAAAGUCUGAGAUGCCUGUUUUGCUAAAGGACUAUCAUCGCGAAUUCCUGCUCAAGUGUGAUGGUGUGGAAGAUGAAGGGUUGGCGAAGGCUGGUGAGGAGGUUGCGUUGAUGGACAGCGAUGCAAUGCUAGCCAGUCUGCGGUCAGAUGCCAGUUUGGCGGUGUCCAGACAAGCGCUUAUACAGUACGUUUUUUUUGCUAUAAUUCAUUAUGCUUAUCUACCAGUUCAUGUUUCUAUAGAGUCUUUGGUUUGA